GCAUUGCCUUCUGGGGCGCUCCCCUGUUUCGGGAAACCGGGGAGCGCCGCAAAAGGCAGUGCGCUCCUGCGGCUCCGUGCGCGCGCAUCCCACAUUACAAAGGUGAAAAUCUGGUCACCUUACCCAUGUCACGUCACUCCACCUCUGCUUACCAGUUCGCAAGGGGAGAUGGCACUCCUCCUGUCCCAUGGUCAGUUGGAAGAAGAAACCGCCUCCCCGCCCACUGUCAAAACAACCUACACUCCACGUUAGCAUCAGAGCUACAACAGCAGGUGUCUAAUGAGCUGAUAAGGCAUGGCCUGAAAAGCAAAGCGGAAAAACAUAAGCACAGUAGGGAGGGGGAAUGAGAAAAAAAAGGUUCCCACGUCCCAGGCAGGACACAGGAGACAUGGCAGGAUCAAACAGGCACUGAUCGUGACAAGAGCAUGUUCAUGAAGCUAAUAGAAGAAUAAGAUUGCAGUCUAUGCCACAGCACAUGCUAUUCAUGAUCUUGCGAGCAUUGUUUUCAUUUUUUGCGAUUCCAUUUUCUGCAUUGCUUGACGUAGCACGUCUGAUCAUUUUUUUCACUUUUUGAAUCUGUGUAACUCUAGUCGUGUUGCAUUGCUUUAGAGAUCUCGCAUGCUAUGUGAUUUAUACCGUGUAAUCAGUGAUGGGAUUCAGCAGGUUCGCACCACUUCAGUAGAACCGGUUGUUAAAAUGGCGCUUGUAAGCAACCAGUUGUUAAAUUAUUUGAAUCCCACCACCGGAACCGGUUGUUAAACUAUUUGAAUUCCACCACUGUGUGUAAUCCACCUUGAGUCUUGAGCAGAAAACGACUCAUUUGCCGCCCUGAUAAAUAUUUUCUGGCUAUGGGCCUGCUGUUAUCCCAACCCCUCUGCUUUUGAGACAACAACGGACCCAAAGUGGAGAAUUCUCACCGUGAGGUUGUGGCCCUGCUCCUUGUUUGAGCCAGAUAGCUGCAGAACUCCCCUCAGGCAGAAAGAAGGAAAAAGAAGGGCAACAGAGCUCCCAGAUUGGUUCACACCUCCCUCUCCCCUGCUAGAGAUGUGGAAGGGAAGUACACAGGUGACACACCUGAGCUCAAUAGCCUAGCUGUUUAUUUCUCUUCCUGGAAUUAGAUGUGCUCUCCUGCAAGAGUGUUAGCAGCAAAGCUGUUUGGAAUCAGACGGCUGAAAGGGAUACUGGAACUUAGGUGUAGGAAUCCUCGUUCUCUACCAAGAUGUCUUCCAUCUCGGUCCUUGUCUAUCCUUUGCUUCUCACGUUGCUUACAUACCAUGCAGACGCAGUGCCCGAAAUAAAGGCCCGUCCCUUCGACAACAUCACCUUGCCUUGCCGGUUCUCUUUUGUGGAUGGCAUCGAGGGCUUGUCUUUCUCGUGGGAGAGGGAAGAUAUCAAGGAAGAGCAAGAAGUGGAGGACAAGGAUUUUUACAAGUUUUUCGUGGCCCUCCAAGAUUUCUAUCAGUUUUACCCGAAGCUGAUAUACAGCUUUGCGGACAACACGGAGCAGGAGGAGGAGAGGAAUUCUCUCUACGAAGGGAGAAUCUGGGUGGACGACGACGAAAUUUCUGAGGGCAACUUUGACCUCAUGUUGGAGCAAGUACAGUUUUCGGACGAGGCUUUCUAUAUCUGCAAGGCCGUGAACUCCAGAGGGGCAGGACAGAGGAAGGUGAAACUCAUUGUGGAAGAUGCUGAAGAGCCUCAGGUGCAAUUCAGCACAGUCAACGACACCCUGGUGGCCAAGUGCAUCUCUGCAGGCUGGUACCACAUGCCAAAGGUGACCUGGCACAACCGCCGAGAAGAGGACAUCUCCAGCUACGCCAUUACAGACAUUCUGGAAGAGAAGCAGGACGGCUCUCACCGGGUGGUGUCCAUCUUGCAUUACCCCGUCUUGCUCCACGAGAUCUACACUUGCCAUAUCGAAGAGGAAGAUGUACUCAACAGGCCUGUGAGAUCCAUCCACAAAGUCCCAAAGAGAAAAUAUCAUAAUAUGUACAACCAUUAUUAGAAAUUCAGCAGCAGGGAUCCGUCGAGGCAAGAGGCCGCUGCCGUUUCUGCCACCCGAAUUCUUCAGCUUUGCACUGUACGCAGACGUAGCAGAAGAGGAGAGGAAAAACUAGCGUAGAUAACAGAUAGGGCAGGGGGAAAAAAUCUCCCCGGGGUGAAUUUGAAUGUGACCGUGAGAUAGAAUAGAAACGCCUGGAACAGAAAUGUUUUUAACAGCGCCCAAAUGUGCAUUCCCAGUUUUACAAGUCAGAACAGUAAAAAAGUUUUUGAGCACAAGACCAAUAAAGACUGCCCAAAUAAAGCCAGGCGAGCCAGUGCUGCCAAUUUCAAAGAUUCUUUUCAGCCACGUUUGUAUGCCUGGGCAGCUGUUAAUGCCUCCCAGAAAGCAGAACGUUACAAGGAUCUUCUCUUCCACAGAAGUAAACACACAGCAUGUCACACCUGCAGUUUACAUUCCAAACGAUUCAAAAAAGAGAAGUUACAGCCCACCACUCAUGCCUAGUUGAAUUAUGAUGAAUCAAUCAAGGGCACUCUGAUAGAGCCUAUUCAUAGAACUCUUUUGAUUGGGUAAAUGCCCCCAAAGCUGGGGUCCCUCAAAAUGGUGCCCAAGUGCCGUGGCACCUGCUGAGAUUUCAGAACGAGGGGGACAUUAUUAGGCAGGGCUUGUGAUUGGCUGCCCUCGAUCAAAUGAAAGGGCUUUCCGUUGGCGGAUGAGGACAGCUAAGCACCAGAGCAAUCCUUUCCCAGGAGGUGGGACGUAUUGGCUCCACCUCUGGACCCCCGCCCGAAGUCACUGGCACCUAGUAAAGACUGGAUCAGUCAGUGCAAAA